GAAUAGUUUCAGAAGAAUGAAUGAUAUAGUGAUAGAUAAAUCCGUUCGGUCGGUCUUCGUUGGAAAUAUUCCGUAUGAAGCUACUGAAGAGAAACUAAAGGAUAUAUUUACCGAGGUCGGCCCGGUAGUUUCGUUUAAGCUGGUUUACGAUAGAGAAACUGGAAAACCUAAAGGAUAUGGAUUCUGUGAGUUUAAAGACCCGGAGACUGCUCUCUCUGCUAUGCGGAACCUAAAUGGGUUCGAGAUUGCAGGAAGAACUUUAAGGGUUGACAAUGCAUGUACAGAGAAGUCUAGAAUGGAGAUUCAAUCAUUAAUGCAGGAAGCUACCCCGGCAGAAGAGUCUCCCUACGGUCCUCCGGUGGACCCGGAGAGAGCACCUGAAACCAUUAGUAAGGCAGUUGCUAGUUUACCCCCCGAGCAGAUGUUCCAGCUGAUGCAGCAGAUGAAGAUGUGUAUUCAGAAUAAUCCUCAGGAAGCGAGAGUCAUGUUAGCUCAAAACCCACAGUUGGCAUACGCUCUACUUCAGGCACAGGUUGUUAUGAGGAUAGUUGAUCCGGAAACCGCGGUCAACAUGUUGCACAAGAAUAAUCCUCAAGUUCCUCCGUUAGGAGUUCCAGUCCGGCCUCCUGUAUCUGUUCCGAUGGGAGUUCGUCCCCCCGUAGUUCCAAGACCUGAGAUCCCAAUGGAUCCUAUGAGGAUGGAUCCUAGAAUGGCUGAAGCUCCUGCCUUUACUCCGGAUCGACCUGCUCCCUUCAUGGAGGAUCCCCGACGGGAUCCCAGGAACCGGGAUCCAAGGGAGAGAACGAACGGGUUUCCGAACAUGAGAAACCCUCCUCCUGUAGUCCCGGGUCCAAACCUAGGGUCUAAUGUACCUCGCGGACCUCCUCCCCAGCUCCCACCGCAUCUGGCUGGGGCUGAUCCUGAGAAAGCUCAGUUGAUUAUGCAGGUUCUCCAACUCACGGAUGAGCAGAUAGCUAUGCUUCCGCUGCAGCAGCGGGAGAGUAUUAUGGUUUUAAAAGAGCAGAUAAACCAAGGUUCACGAUUUCAAGAGUCUGGAGAGAGUAUGGCCAGGAUGAGUCCUGACGCGGAGGGAAAGGAUAUCCUAGUGCCUCUGACAGGUUCAAUGUAUGUUCCUGGUACUCUGGUUCAACCGGAGAAAGUUAUUGUUGAUGUAGGAACCGGAUACUACGUAGAGAAGGAUAUCACUGCUGCUAAAGAUUAUUUCCAAAGAAAGGAAGCUACCCCGGCAGAAGAGUCUCCCUACGGACCUCCGGUGGACCCGGAGAGAGCACCUGAAACCAUUAGUAAGGCAGUUGCUAGUUUACCCCCCGAGCAGAUGUUCCAGCUGAUGCAGCAGAUGAAGAUGUGUAUUCAGAAUAAUCCUCAGGAAGCGAGAGUCAUGUUAGCUCAAAACCCACAGUUGGCAUACGCUCUACUUCAGGCACAGGUUGUUAUGAGGAUAGUUGAUCCGGAAACCGCGGUCAACAUGUUGCACAAGAAUAAUCCUCAAGUUCCUCCGUUAGGAGUUCCAGUCCGGCCUCCUGUAUCUGUUCCGAUGGGAGUUCGUCCCCCCGUAGUUCCAAGACCUGAGAUCCCAAUGGAUCCUAUGAGGAUGGAUCCUAGAAUGGCUGAAGCUCCUGCCUUUACUCCGGAUCGACCUGCUCCCUUCAUGGAGGAUCCCCGACGGGAUCCCAGGAACCGGGAUCCAAGGGAGAGAACGAACGGGUUUCCGAACAUGAGAAACCCUCCUCCUGUAGUCCCGGGUCCAAACCUAGGGUCUAAUGUACCUCGCGGACCUCCUCCCCAGCUCCCACCGCAUCUGGCUGGGGCUGAUCCUGAGAAAGCUCAGUUGAUUAUGCAGGUUCUCCAACUCACGGAUGAGCAGAUAGCUAUGCUUCCGCUGCAGCAGCGGGAGAGUAUUAUGGUUUUAAAAGAGCAGAUAAACCAAGGUUCACGGUGAACUAAGAGUCAGAGCUCGUCUUGUAAAUAUGUGUCUCCUAACCUCCUUUUAUGAUUUAAGUAUCCUGCAUUUGUAAACCAUCCCUUCUCUUCUUAUCCGUCUUUUGUAAACCUAUGAGGUUUUGUUAAUUCUAG